AGGAAGAGGAGGGUGAGAAAGACUCAAAGACAGUGAGAGAGAGGAGAGAGGAGAGAGGAGAGAGGAGAGAGGGGACAUCGGAGCGUGGAACAGGUUCUCUCUGCAGCUCUCGCACUCACACUCAGCAGACAUGCCCAACUUUGCCGGCAUCUGGAAGAUGAAGAGGAGUGAGAAUUUUGACGAACUUCUCAAAGCUCUGGGGGUGAACGCCAUGCUGAGGAAGGUGGCCGUGGCGGCGGCCUCCAACCCUCACGUGGAGAUCCGUCAGGACGGCGAGCAGUUCUACAUCAAGACGUCCACCAGCGUGCGGACCACCGAGAUCAACUUCCACGUGGGGGAAGAGUUCGACGAGGAGACGGUGGACGGACGGAAGUGCAGGAGUCUCGCCACCUGGGAGUCGGAGAACAAGAUCCACUGUCAGCAGACCCUGGUGGACGGCGAGGGCCCCAAGACCUACUGGACCCGGGAGCUGAACGGAGACGAGCUCAUACUGACUUUCGGGGCGGACGACGUGGUUUGCACGCGGAUCUACGAACGGGAGUGAAGCUCUGCCGUCCUCCGCCGGACAAACCCCACAGCGCUCUGUCACGCUAACACGCUAACGCAUUCUGCAAAGCACCCUGUGUCAUGUCUGCAUCGUCUGCAUCGUCUCCACCCACAGUAGCAGCCUUCCUAGAGCCUGGUAAUCGGUAGUGAGUCUUGUAGCUGGAUGUCUGGAGUGUCUGUAUAU